GCCACCUACUGAGUUUAUAUACCCGCACCGCUAGAAAACCAGACGUUAGAAAGCACAGUCUCAUUCCCAGGAUAAUUGGAAGAGCAGAGCAUAAACACACGUUAUCGAGUGAGGAAGGGAAGACGAAAAUGGCAGCACCGGUGCAGAUUGAAGUGUGGAACCCAAACGGGAAAUACAGAGUGGUGAGCACAAAGUCCAUGCCCGGAACUCGUUGGAUUGAUCUCUUGGUUCAACAAGAUUGCCGCGUAGAAAUAUGUACUCAGAAGAAAACCAUCUUGUCUGUUGAGGACAUCUUAGCAGUGAUAGGUGAUAAGUGCGAUGGAGUCAUCGGACAGUUGACGGAGGAUUGGGGAGAGACGCUCUUCUCUGCACUGAGCAAAGCAGGCGGCAAAGCAUUCAGUAACAUGGCCGUCGGGUAUAACAACGUUGAUGUCAAUGCUGCUACAAAGUAUGGUGUUGCUGUUGGAAACACUCCUGGAGUACUGACAGAGACAACAGCAGAAUUAGCAGCUUCACUUUCAUUGGCUGCAGCAAGAAGAAUUGUAGAGGCAGAUGAGUUCAUGAGGAAUGGGAAAUAUGAAGGAUGGCUCCCACAUUUAUUUGUGGGAAAUUUGCUUAAAGGGCAGACUGUGGGUGUGAUUGGAGCAGGUCGAAUUGGAUCUGCAUAUGCAAGGAUGAUGGUUGAAGGGUUCAAAAUGAACUUGAUUUACUUUGAUCUGUACCAAUCCACUCGUCUAGAAAAUUUUGUGACAGCUUAUGGCCAGUUUUUGAAAUCCAAUGGUGAACAGCCUGUUACCUGGAAAAGAGCGUCGAGCAUGGACGAGGUGCUCAGAGAAGCUGAUGUGAUAAGCCUGCAUCCUGUGUUGGACAAGACAACUUUUCAUCUUGUUAACAAGGAAAGACUUGCAAUGAUGAAGAAGGAAGCAAUACUAGUGAAUUGCAGUAGAGGUCCUGUUGUUGAUGAGGAAGCUCUCGUGCAACACCUCAGAGAAAAUCCCAUGUUUCGCGUUGGCCUUGAUGUCUUUGAGGAUGAGCCUUACAUGAAACCUGGGCUUGCAGACAUGAAGAACGCUGUUGUUGUUCCUCACAUAGCUUCUGCUUCCAAGUGGACUCGCGAGGGAAUGGCAACGCUGGCUGCUCUCAAUGUCCUGGGUCAGAUCAAAGGGUACCCAGUCUGGCACGACCCAAACAAAGUGGACGUAUUCUUGAACGAGAACGCUUCGCCUCCACCUGCUUGCCCAAGCAUUGUCAAUUCAAAAGCUUUAGGCCUGCCUGUUUCAAAGAUAUGAAGGUGAAUGAUGUUUGGGAGAUUUCACUGAAAUUACAGAACUGAGAGCUGUAUUUUGUUGUUAUAAUUAUUCACUCUGUUAACAAUGCCUGUUGUGUUAAAAUGGAAGAUCAGCAAUAUUUGUAAUACUUAUUAACUCUAAUAAAAAGUGUGGGAUUUGUGUUACA